AUGGCGGAUCUGGGCGCGAUGCUGGCGCCGGAUUUGAGGAAGAGGAUCGAGAUCAUGGCGGAUCACAUCGCAAGGAACGGCUCUGACUUCGAGACAACGGUCAAGCAGAAAAACGCGAGCAAUCCGCAGUUCUCGUUCUUGUACAGCGGCGAGGGCGCUGAGUACUACCAGCAGGUCCUCGCCCGGCACCGAGGGACACAGGUGCCGGCAGCGGCGCCGCCCGCGCCCCCGGCGGCACCGACUGCGCCGAUGCUUGCGCCGACGAAUCCGCAGCCUCCGCCCGCGCCGCCGGCGCCGCCGGCGCCCGUGCAGCAGACUGCGCACAUGUCAAUGGCUGGAAUGGGAGCGCAGCUGAGCGCUCCGAGUGCGCCAACAGCGGGCAGCCUGGCGACGCUUCUUCGAGGAGGGCAGGUUCAGGGAGCCCCGCCCGUCGAGCUGGCCGACGUCCUACGGCGAUGGAAGGAGCCACAGGUGCUGGCGCUGACCCCCGAGGUCGAGCGGCAGCUUCACGGAGUCCUGGCCUCCCUUGAGCACAUGGCCUCCCGGGAUGCCAUCAAGAGCGGCCGGCUUUGGAUCGAAUGCAACAGUGCUUUAGCACCGCACAUUGCCGGGCACAUCAUGGUCCGCGUGUCUUUCCUGUCCACCUGUGCUCACAGGUUGCACGUGUUGUACCUCGUGCACGACCUUCUGCAGACAGAAGCCGCCCGCAAGGACGCCCAUGCUCCUUUGGUCCGGGCAUUCAAGCCCUACUUGCCGUGGAUCCUGCGUCCAUGCUACCAGCUGGCGCUGCAGUCGCCGCAAGGAGACGAAACUUCGAGGGUGCUCCGUCUCGUGCAGCUCUGGGUGGAUCGGGGCAUCCUCUCUGCGCAGGAGGCCGAGGAGGUGAAAGCCAUCACGAUGACCCAGGAGCUGCCUGGUGUGCAGCCUCCGGUCGCGCAGGCCGCCGCUGCAGCGUUGCGGCCCAUCACGUCGGUGCCGGCUCCGCCGAUGCCUGGGAUGGCAGGCGCGCUGCGGCCGGCGAUGCCGGUGGCGCCGUGCAUGGCCCCUUUCGUAAAUCGAUCCGGUUGCCCGAAGCGCUGGGCAGGGGCGGCCAUGCCAGCAGUGCCCAUGCUGCACGGCUACCAGAAGCCGGCGCGAGCUGUCGGUGCAGAGCUUUGCAGGUCCCUAGCAAGGUCCUGGCUGGACUGCAGCACAGCGGCGUGCAGACGCCGAUCCCUCAAAGCAAAGGUCCUGCCUGCGCCGCACGUGCCGGCGCGAAGCGGAUGUGGUCUCAACAACUUCGGCGGGGAAUUGAAGGCUUUUUCUGGAAACAGCGGAGGAAGAUGGGCUCAGGGUGGCGCCUUGUGCCCGAGGUUUGGUGCCGGCCGCAGCCACUGCGGAAAUGAGAGGAGAACAUGCUGCGAAUUUGGACUUCAUGAUCUGGGCAUACAGACGACUUCCUGGCGUCGAUCACGACCUCGUGGACUUGUGGGCUUCGCACCAGAUGGAGCGCCUGCUUCGCGGCCUUCCCGACCUUGCGAUGUGGCUUUCUCCGUCUUCGCGUGCCUUCCGUGUGCUUUCAAAGCCAAAGCCGGAUGUCUGACAUACGGAAGUUGGACAUCUCGGCUACGGCCGGCUGACCCGUUUGAAGAAGCUUUGACGGAGCAUCGCACAUCACGAUGGACAUGGAGCCUGGUGGCCUGGCUGGAGACGGUCCCGGUGGGGGUCCUGGCAUCCAUGUUGGCCGGCGUCAGUCAGGCUCAGGGUGGCAGGUUCGCGAGGCACAAGCCGCUAGAUCCCGCCAUGACUCCGCAGGCCUUGCCGGCGAUGGAGGACCGCCGUUCCAGCAGUUCCUCGAGCUCCUCUCGGUCUCGGUCGCGCGAGCCUCGCGAGUCGCGGGAGUACGAGUCGACUCGGCACCUGGGUGGAGGCUUUGGCGGCUUUGGCGGCUUCAGCACCAUGAGUGCGGUGCCGCCUCCUGUGUGCUGA